AUGGCCGCGGGAGCCGGGACGGCGGGCUCCGCUUCCGGCCCGGGCGUCGUGCGUGACCCAGCGGCGUCACAGUCGAGGAAGCGUCCCGGCAGGGAGGGCGGGGAGGGCGCGCGGCGAUCAGACGCGAUGGCGGGAGGAGGCGGGAGCAGCGACAGCAGCGGGAGGGCGGCAGGCAGGCGGGCGUCCCGUAGCGGCGGGCGGGCUCGGCGGGGGCGCCACGCGCCCGGGCUUGGGGGAGCCGCGGAGCGCGGCGCGGGGGAGGUGCGGCUGGAGGAGGCGGUCAACCGCUGGGUGCUCAAGUUCUACUUCCACGAGGCGCUGCGGGCCUUUCGGGGUAGCCGGUACGGGGACUUCAGGCAGAUCCGGGACAUCAUGCAGGCUUUGCUUGUCAGGCCCUUGGGGAAGGAGCAUACCGUGUCUCGGCUGCUGCGGGUUAUGCAGUGUCUGUCGCGCAUUGAAGAAGGGGAAAAUUUAGACUGUUCCUUCGAUAUGGAAGCUGAGCUCACACCACUGGAAUCAGCUAUCAAUGUGCUGGAGAUGAUUAAAACGGAAUUUACACUGACAGAGGCUGUGAUCGAAUCCAGUAGAAAACUGGUCAAGGAGGCUGCAGUCAUUAUUUGUAUCAAAAACAAAGAAUUUGAAAAGGCUUCAAAAAUUUUGAAAAAACAUAUGUCCAAGGACCCUACAACUCAGAAGCUGAGAAAUGACCUCCUAAACAUUAUCCGUGAAAAGAACCUGGCCCACCCUGUGAUCCAGAACUUCUCCUAUGAGACCUUCCAGCAGAAGAUGCUGCGCUUCCUGGAGAGUCACCUGGAUGACGCAGAGCCCUACCUCCUCACGAUGGCCAGAAAGGCUUUGAAAUCUGAGUCCUCCGCCUCAGCCACAGUGAAAGAACCACAACCUCAGCCAGCACCAGAGCCUGUGGAAAAGCCACUCAGAGAACCUGCCAGGCAGCUACAGAGCACACCCACCACCAUUGGGAUUAGGACUCUGAAAGCAGCUUUCAAGACUUUGUCCAGUGCACAAGAUUCUGAGGCAGCCUUCUCAAAACUGGACCAGAAGGAUAUGGUCUUUCCUAAUAAAGCGCGCCCGCCAUCACCAGCCCUCAAAAACAAGAGAACAAGAAAAGAUGAUAACGAAAGUUCUGCCCCCACUGAGGGUGAGGGUGGCUCUGAACUGCAGCCCAAGACCAAGCGCAUGACAAUAAGCAGACUGGUUUUGGAGGAGGACAGCCAGAGUACUGAGCCGAGCUCAGGCCUCGACUCUUCCCAGGAGGUCACACCGGCAUCACCAUCCAAGCCCACUGUCCUCAACCAACCCCUCCCUGGGGAGAAGAAUCCCAAAGUAACUAAAGGCAAGUGGAACAGCUCUAAUGGGGUUGAAGAAAAAGAGACUUGGGUGGAAGAGGACGAACUGUUUCAAGUUCAGGCAGCACCAGAUGAAGAGAGUGCAACCAAUACAACAAAAAAGCAGAAGUGGACUGUAGAGGAAAGCGAGUGGGUCAAGGCUGGAGUGCAGAAGUAUGGAGAAGGAAACUGGGCUGCCAUUUCUAAAAACUACCCAUUUGUUAACCGAACAGCUGUGAUGAUUAAGGAUCGCUGGCGGACCAUGAAAAGACUUGGCAUGAACUGAAACAGGCUUUCAUUUCCACAGAAUUCACAGGAGCAUGGUUCCUAAUAAUAGCCCCUGGUAGUCUGCUGUUUCUUUCAGAAGGUGGGCUGGGAUGAGAAUUUUGGGCAUCCUCCUCUCAUGUGGGGGAGGUCCCAGUUCCACUUCAUCACAGUUGGAGAUCAUGGAGCUGAGAAACAAAGCCAAGUCCACCCCAUGUCCUUGGCAGAGAUGACAGGCACACAGCUUGUACAGUGCCAGAAUACCAUUAGUAUUUCCCUUCUUUAGUGGUUUGCUUGAAUUUAAAUCCCUGGUAAUCAGUAGAACCUUCUCCUAGGAAAUGGUGGAGUCUAUUAGGAGCCCCUUUUGACUCCAUGACCUGUUAAAACCAGCAACAUGAGCAUUAUUUGGAGUGAACGUCUUCCAGGUAAAGCUUUGGCCUUCUGAUGCAAAUGCAAAGGAACUUCAACUGUCGUGAGCCCAGGUUGAUGAGAGCCCAGUCCUGGUGGAAUCAGAGUCCCUUUAAACAUUGUUCAGCCAAUUGUGACAUCAACACCUAGAAACGUGACUGCCUUGGCAUUUGCUCUAUUUGCUGGCCUCCGUAGGCAGGUUUAACCUCCACUUCUCACGUGGUUGAACCAGUGUGUUUUUUGGUAAAAUGGUGAUUGUAGAUAAGCUUAGCCCCUGUCCCCAUCCAUUCUUCCCAAUUCCCUUCUUUAUGCUGGACUUUUAAAGCUUAAAAAAAUCCUGAUUAAGUAUAAAUGCCUAAUUCCAUUCUUUGUGAAAUGGUUGCUUCCGCCUGGUUCCCUAAUUGUGCUGUGUUAGUGUCUUGCACUGGAAUUCAACAUUCCCUUCUCCUUUUGUACUGUGUUGUGCUUGCUGUCUCUCAGAUCCUUAAUGACUGUCUUUUUAGCAAAAAAGAAUUUCAGUAAAGUGUUUUCUGUAAUCUUUUUUUAAAAUGAGAACUAAUUAUUGUCCAUAACUUGUAGCAUUCUUCAUUAAAGUCUUGCUUCUCUCAAA